UUUUUGUUAGUUUUAAUGAAGGCAUGGAAAGAACAUAUGCACUAUGCUGAGAUCCCGGGCAGCCUUCCCACCAUGCUGGAACCGGGCUCCUGUUCGGUCAGCUCUCAGUCUCUGACAGAUGACCACAAUGAUUCGGGGCUACUCGGAGCCCCAGGAGGAGGGCCCAAGUGUCCAGCAAUUAGUCUGGAUCCGAGCAUGGAGCCGAUGUGUGGAAGCAGCACACCCCGGCACCAUGUCCUCCCUCCGUCCCCGGUGGACGGCGAAAGCUGGCAGAAGCACCGCUCAAGACUGGCUGGAGGUUCAAGCCCGUAUUCAGAGGCUCCUUCGCUGCUGGAGCCACUCGGUCUGUCCACCAGCUACGACACUCUCUACCUCCCCCCCAUGCCCGGCAACGCUGCCCCUACACACCCAAACCGUCUGGGGCUCUCUCUGGACGUGACCUCCCCGUUUGACACUGGAGCCGGGAUGCUGGGGGUGGACGGAGACCUGGCAGUCAGUCCGAACGUGAUGAAGAGACGGCGGGGGGGCCUGAUUGAGCAGAGGGACAUCGUGAAAGCUCAUCAAGCUCACAAGAUUCAUAGCACACCGCAAGCCAGACGCAAGGAGUGGGAAAUGGCCCGUUUUGGAGACGAGGUCCCCGGCUUGUUGAGUUCUGGAGACGGGGGUUCAGAGCGCAAUCGGAACCGGGAUGGAGCGGCUGUGUCUACAGGUGGGAUCUCCCCAGCCUUCAAGCAGACCAAAGCGCAGCGCGCGCGCACCAUGGCCUUGUACAACCCCAUUCCAGUCAGGGAGAACUGCUUCACCGUCAACAGAUCGCUCUUCAUCUUCGGCGAGGACAACGUGGUGAGGAAGUACGCCAAGAAAAUCACUGAGUGGCCUCCAUUUGAGUACAUGAUCCUCACCACCAUCAUCGCCAACUGCAUCGUCUUGGCGCUGGAGCAGCACCUUCCUGGAGAGGACAAGACUCCCAUGUCCAAGAGGCUGGAGAAAACGGAGCCUUACUUCAUUGGGAUGUUCUGUUUCGAAGCUGGGAUCAAGAUCAUCGCUCUGGGCUUCGUGUUCCAUAAAGGAUCCUACCUCAGGAACGGCUGGAACGUCAUGGACUUCAUCGUAGUCCUCAGUGGGAGGGUUCUGAGGCCCCUCAAACUGGUCUCAGGGAUCCCCAGUCUGCAGAUCGUCCUGAAGUCAAUAAUGAAGGCCAUGGUCCCUCUGCUGCAGAUUGGGCUCCUGCUGUUCUUUGCAAUCCUCAUGUUUGCCAUCAUCGGUCUGGAGUUUUACAGCGGGAAACUACACAAGACCUGCACACCCAUGUCAGGAAUACUGGAAAAUGAGACUGUUGACUCGUCUGAGUAUGAGUUCCCGUGCGGCGUGCGCCAGUGUCCCACCAGCUACAUCUGCAACCGAUCCUGGAUCGGCCCCAACGACGGCAUCACCCAGUUUGACAACAUCCUGUUCGCUGUUCUCACCGUCUUCCAGUGCAUCACCAUGGAGGGCUGGACCACUGUACUCUACAAUACCAACGAUGCUUUGGGGCCGACCUGGAACUGGCUCUACUUCAUCCCUCUGAUCAUAAUCGGCUCCUUCUUUGUCCUGAACCUGGUGCUGGGAGUCCUGUCAGGGGAAUUUGCCAAAGAAAGAGAGAGAGUGGAAAACCGCAGAGCUUUCAUGAAGCUGAGGCGUCAGCAGCAAAUCGAGAGAGAACUCAACGGCUAUCGUGCCUGGAUCGACAAAGCAGAGGAAGUGAUGCUUGCAGAGGAGAAUAAGAACGCGGGUCCUUCAGCCCUCGAUGUGUUGAAGCGAGCCACCACCAUCAAAAGGAGGGGCAUGGAUGUGCGUCAGGGGCAUCCAGGGGAGGAACACUACGGUGACAUUUCAUCUGUGGGCAUGCCCCCAGCCAGAAUAAGCAUCAGGAGUGGGAAACGAGGUCCGGCUGCUUAUUUUCGGCGUAAAGAACGCCUCCUGCGCAUUUCCAUCCGGCGCGUUGUAAAGACGCACACUUUCUACUGGACAGUCCUGGGCCUGGUGGCUCUCAACACUCUGUGUGUAGCUAUUGUUCACCACAACCAGCCUUUCUGGCUCUCCAACUUCCUCUACUAUGCAGAGUUUCUGUUCCUCGCUCUGUUCCUGACUGAGAUGUUCCUAAAGAUGUACAGUUUGGGGCCGCGGCUUUAUUUCCAUUCCUCCUUUAACUGCUUUGACUGCAGCGUGAUUGUUGGCAGCAUCUUUGAAGUGCUCUGGGGUUUCUUCAGGCCUGGAACCUCCUUUGGCAUCAGCGUUUUGCGUGCUCUCCGUCUGCUGAGGAUCUUCAAAAUCACAAAGUACUGGGCUUCACUGAGAAACUUGGUCGUCUCGCUGAUGAACUCCAUGAAGUCCAUCAUCUCCCUGAUCUUCCUGCUCUUCCUCUUCAUUGUUGUCUUUGCGCUUCUCGGCAUGCAGCUUUUUGGCGGCAGGUUCAUCUUUGAAGACUACACUCCGACAAACUUUGACACCUUUCCCGCUGCUAUCAUGACCGUCUUUCAGAUCCUGACCGGAGAGGACUGGAACGAGGUGAUGUAUAACGGCAUUCGCUCUCAGGGAGGAGUGAAGUACGGCAUGUGGUCCUCUGUGUACUUCAUCGUUCUGACUCUUUUUGGAAACUACACUCUCCUGAAUGUCUUCUUGGCCAUUGCUGUGGACAACCUUGCCAAUGCACAAGAACUUACCAAGGAUGAAGAAGAAGCAGAGGCUGCGUUUAAUCAGAAGCAUGCCAUGCAGAAGGCCAAAGAGGUCGGACCUUUGUCGUCUUUCAUGUCUUCAGAGGGAAGCCGGAGGAGGCGGCCCUACCUGUACAGGAAAAGAGCCAUCCACCGCAGCCGGCCCACCUACUCCUACUCCCUGGAGGAGGACCAUGGCAGUGUCAGGGAGGGCCGCCCGCCACUCAACUCGACUAACUCCUUUAUGUCCAGGAGGGAGAGGAGAAAGAGGAUGACCAUGUCGGUGUGGGAGCAGAGGACCAGCCAGCUGAGGAGACACCGGCAGAUGUCCAGCCGGGAGAUUCUGUUUAACAGUCCCGGUGAGGAGAAGGACGCUCAGCACCCGCUGUCCCUGCACCGCAAGGCUGUGCAGAAUACACCAUCAGGGGGCGGGAAGUGCUCGACUGACCCCCAGGGGUCCACAGGUGACAUCCCUGAGCCACCCAUGUCCGUGCUGGAACCAGAACCACUGGAUCCUCCCACCACCUCAAGACCCCCCGAGUCUGACCUCACCACGGACAGCAAAACGUUAGGAGUGAACCACAAAGCUGUCCACGAGCGCCGAAGCCCCCGACUGAACGGGGAGCGGCAGCACCGGGCCGUGAAAAAGUUCCGACCUCCAGAUAACGCCGACGGUCACGCUGACAUCCGCGGCAGGAGGACGCCUCAUCACUGUGACCAUGAGCAAGGCACCAACGAGCAGCCAAUGAGCUGUCCCCCUGGGGGGCGAAGAAGGAAUCACGAUUCAGAGGAGAUAUCAGCUGAGUGUGAAAACAAGGAGGGGGAGGAGCCAAAGGAGGAGGAACACAGCAGACAGUUUGAUCAGAAUGAAGGAGAGGACUCUAUGCACCAGGACAUCCAAAACCAUAGCAGCGACCCCGGUUCUCUGAAGCGGCAGGAGGAGCCUCCACUGCAGCCGAACGCGUCCCCCCCUGCAAACCCCGGGGACAACGGGGAGGAGAAGGAGGUGGAUCCGGGUCAGGACAACCAUCCUCUGAGCUCCAGUGUUUUUAUCGAGGUGCCCAACAUGCAGUCUUCUCUGGAGCUUUCCACGAUCACAGUCAACAGCAAAGAUCCGGAAAGGUGUAAAUCAGAGAAGGAGGAAGAGGAGGACGAGGUGAAGCCUGUCAGCACUGAGAGGCCAGACAGCAUGUUCAUCUUCAAACCCGACAACCCCGUGCGGCGAGCGUGUCACUAUGUGGUGAAUCUGCGGUACUUUGAAAUGUCCAUCCUGCUGGUCAUCGCGGCCAGCAGCAUCGCCCUCGCUGCAGAGGAUCCUGUCGCCACCACGUCUGACUGGAAUAAGGUCCUGCGUUAUUUUGAUUAUGUGUUUACCGGAGUCUUCACGUUUGAAAUGAUUAUAAAGAUGAUCGACCAGGGUCUGAUCCUUCACGACGGCUCGUACUUCAGGGACCUGUGGAACAUCCUGGAUUUCAUCGUCGUGAUCGGAGCGCUGGUGGCGUUUGCUCUCACCAAUGUGAUGGGAAACAACAAAGGACGAGACAUUAAAACCAUCAAGUCUUUGAGGGUCCUGCGCGUCCUCAGACCACUGAAGACCAUCAAGAGGCUUCCGAAGCUCAAGGCGGUGUUUGACUGCGUGGUGACGUCCCUGAAGAACGUCUUUAACAUCUUAAUUGUCUACAAACUCUUCAUGUUCAUCUUUGCUGUCAUUGCGGUUCAGCUUUUCAAGGGAAAGUUCUUCUAUUGCACUGACAGCUCAAAGGACACGGAGAAAGCCUGCCAGGGCUAUUACAUCGACUAUGGGAAAGACAAGAAGGAGAUGAAGAAACGAGAGUGGAAAAGACACGAGUUUCAUUACGAUAAUGUCAUCUGGGCUCUGCUGACGCUCUUCACCGUUUCCACAGGAGAGGGUUGGCCUCAAGUCCUGCAGCACUCUGUGGACGUGACAGAAGAAGACCGAGGUCCAAGCCACGGAAACAGGAUGGAGAUGUCCAUCUUCUACGUCAUCUACUUUGUUGUCUUCCCUUUCUUCUUUGUCAAUAUCUUUGUGGCUCUCAUCAUCAUCACCUUCCAGGAACAGGGGGAUAAAAUGAUGGAGGAGUGCAGCCUUGAGAAGAAUGAGAGAGCGUGCAUUGACUUUGCGAUCAGCGCCAAGCCCCUGACCCGAUACAUGCCGCAGAACCGGCACACAUUCCAGUACCGACUGUGGCAUUUUGUGGUGUCCCCCUCCUUUGAGUACACUGUCCUGGCCAUGAUCGCUCUCAACACCAUCGUCCUGAUGAUGAAGUAUUACUCUGCACCACCAGCGUAUGACGCCGUGCUGAAGCACCUGAACACCGCUUUCACCGUGCUCUUCUCCAUCGAGUGCGUCCUCAAGAUUCUGGCCUUUGGCUUUCUGAACUACUUCCGAGACACCUGGAACAUUUUUGACUUCAUCACCGUCUUGGGCAGCAUCACUGAGAUCGUGGUGGAUCUGCAGCGCAUCGAUACGUUCAACAUGAGUUUCUUAAAGCUGUUCCGAGCCGCUCGCUUGAUCAAACUGCUGCGGCAAGGUUACACCAUCCGGAUCCUGCUGUGGACCUUCGUUCAGUCCUUCAAGGCCUUGCCUUACGUCUGUCUGCUCAUCGCAAUGCUCUUCUUCAUCUAUGCCAUCAUCGGGAUGCAGGUGUUUGGAAACAUCAAACUGAAUGAAGAGACUCAGAUCAACCAACACAACAACUUCAAAACCUUCUCUGGUGCUCUGAUGCUGCUGUUCAGGAGUGCCACAGGAGAAUCGUGGCAGGAGAUCAUGCUGUCAUGUUUGGGGGGACAGCAGUGUGAAACCGACUCCUCUCUGCAGACGGCAGAAGUGACGAGCGACCAGCGGGAGGGUUGUGGCUCCGACUUUGCCUAUUUCUACUUUGUGUCCUUCAUCUUUUUCAGUUCUUUCCUGAUGCUGAACUUGUUUGUGGCUGUGAUUAUGGAUAACUUUGAGUAUCUUACAAGAGACUCGUCCAUCCUCGGUCCGCACCAUCUGGACGAGUUCGUCCGGAUCUGGGGGGAGUACGAUCGAGCUGCAAGUGGAAGGAUCCACUAUAAGGAGAUGUACAAAGUUGUUCGCACUAUCUCACCUCCUCUGGGCUUUGGAAAGAACUGCCCCCACAGGGUGGCAUGCAAGAGACUGGUACUGAUGAACAUGCCUGUGGAUGACGACAUGAGCGUCCACUUCACAUCCACCCUCAUGGCGCUGAUCCGCACCGCCCUCGAGAUCAAGAUAGCGAGAGGAGGAGAAGAUAGAAACCAGAUGGAUCUGGAUCUGCAGAAGGAGAUUGGAGUUAUUUGGCCUCACCUGUCCCAGAAGGCGUUGGACCUGCUGGUCCCAAUUCACAAAGCGAGUGACAUGACUAUAGGGAAGAUCUAUGCGGCCAUGAUGAUUAUGGAUUACUACAAGCAAAACAAAGCCAAGAAGUUGAGACAGCAACUAGAAGAACAGAAACACGCUCCCAUGUUCCAGCGAAUGGACGCGUCGUCUCUUCCCCAAGAAAUCCUAUGCAAUGUCAAGUCCCUGUCGUUCCUCGGUCACAGCGCUGGAUCUGCUCUCACCAGAGGAGGGUUCGUGGCUCUCAGCCCAGUUUCCCCCCAGGAAAUGUUUGUGCAGCAGUUGCCCUCCUCCAGGCAAGAGAAGGAGGAAGACGAGGAUGAGGACUACCAUUCACCCUACCACCCCUACCGCCACCGUCUCCACUACCAUCAACAUAUGCACACGCUGGUUCCAGAGGUAGUGGAGUACAACCAACUGAUGCAGCAGACCCGCCAAGACCCAACACUCAGUAAAUCACCUCAGCGCACUCCAUCAGUUAGAGCAUCUUCCAUGCCGAGACUGGCUAUUGACCCGCAGCCCGGCUUAUCUGCAGACACAAAGUCGAUGAAACGUUCCUUCUCCACCAUUGGAGAUCAGUGUGUGAACGGCCUCUGGCAGGAGCAGCACUCUCUGGAAAGAAUAAGUCCAGACGCCGCCUACAGACCCCGGCAGAGGAGCUUUAGAGGUCAACGAGUCAGUCCCAAGGAAGCUAGCAGUCAUGAGAGGGGGAGAUCGAAGGAACGGCGCCACCUGCUGUCUCCUGACGUGUCCCGGGAGCCUUCACAUGAGAGGAGCCGCUCGCCCAGCGAAGGACGCGCACACAACUCUCAGAAACCGGUGAACCCAUCGGUGAGUCCUGUCAACUCGGCCUCAGACUCUGGUACCCCUCGUAACCGGCGCCAGCUCCCUCAGACGCCGUCCCGGCCGAGGCCUCACAUCUCCUACUCUCCUCUCGUCUGCCGAGCCUCCACCUCCCCCACCGCUCCAGCCCCCACAGAGGAGCAGACCCACCCUCCCGAUGGGCCUAGCGACUCCACAGAGACUCCCUGGAGGACUGACAAGGAGAACCGGCCCCUGUCUGCAGGUCAGAGCUCCCCCGCAGGCAAAGGUUCGGCACCUGCCCACUCUUCUCCUCACCGCUACAUCUCAGAGCCCUACCUCCAUUUCCACGAGGAGUCGAGCGGCAGGGACCGAGGGGAUGGACAGGAGACCCUCACCUUUGAGACCGCCAUCGCCACCAGCCUGGGACGGACACACGCCAUAAGCUCCGCCCCUCAGCUCAGACAUUCGUGGCAGGUUCCCAAUGGCCAUUUCCGCAAGCACUUGGGCCAGGCGAACCCAGCCGACGGCAGCGAGCUGCUGAGUGACACAGACGAAGACGACCGCUGCUGAAAAGCGCCGAGGACCUCAGAGGAGCUGGAACUCUCAGCAUCAGUAGCAUCAAGCUGAAGGCUGAGCAACGUCGUCUGGAAACGUGACCCCGACGGCGUCGGUGUGUUUGCUGAAGGACGGCUGUACGCGUGGGGAUAAAACCUGUUUACAUAUGUGUGCUUUUAACAGAAAAUGUGCCAAAUAAAGAGACGGAUCAUACCAUAGGAACACCCCCCCACACACAGUUUGACUGUUAUGGAGCAAACUAUGGUGACAAAGUCCUUUGAGAUUAGAGCAUCCAAGUGUAGAGGUAGCACAUGUAACAAGAUGAAUGUAUUCGUUUUAUGUUCCGACGAGGAAAUUGCUGUCGCUGUGCAGUUGUGUAAAAGCGCAUCAGUCACUACAGUGUCAAACUCAAUCGCACAGGGGGCCAAAAUCCAAAUCUUAG